UCACACUUUCGACGAACAGUCUAUCGAUAUCAGAGAAAACAGCUGUCCUUCUGCCACCUCUAGCGCAGAAGUAAACAAAAAAACUCUAAGGAAAAUCAAAAUAUGCCGUUUUGCAUAGCUGUUAUUGGCAAGGACAAUGCCCCACUUUACUUGACCACCUCCGAUAUGGAGCAGGAGUUGGAUCUGCAAUACCACGUACACGCCGCCUUGGAUGUCGUGGAGGAAAAGUGUUUAAUUGGCAAGGGAGCUCCGGAGUCCAAGGAACUCUACCUGGGACUUCUCUAUUCCACAGAGAACCACAAGAUCUACGGAUUUGUGACCAACACCAGGGUGAAAUUCAUAGUGGUCAUCGAUUCCAGCAACGUUGCUUUACGAGAAAACGAAGUGCGAGCGAUAUUCCGUAAUCUUCACCUGCUCUACACAGAUGCCAUUUGCAAUCCCUUCUACAUUCCCGGCGAAUCGCUGACUUCAAAGAAAUUCGAUCGCGCUGUGCAAAAACUGAUGAGCGGCAAUGCCUAGCUGUAGAUUUAAACUGAACGAACAAUAAAGCAAAUUAUUUCUCA